UAAUAAAAUUUUGAAUUUCGGCGAAUAUUAAAAACAAACGUAUUUUGUUGAUGACACGGAAAUUGUAGGGGAAAACAAAUGUCGUGUCUAGGAAACGACAAUAUCAUGACUCAUGAGUAAUACAACUCGCCUGACUGGUUGCGCAGGUUUUAUCGGUAGGUAGUUACACACUCAGAAGCAAGCACAAUCAACUUAUACAUAUGUGUGUGUAUUAUUAGGCUUAAUACAACCUAUGUAAAAUAUUUCGAGAACUUUCGUGUUGGCAGGGAAAAAAGAACCUCGUUCGACACUAAGAUAAUUGUAUUAAUCCAGCCAGUUCCCUUUAUCUGGCGUUAUGGUUUAUGCACUUCCGGAUGGAAGUUGGACUUGAAGCCAUUUUAUAUUGCCCAUAUAUGUCCAUACUGAUUUUCUUUAAACGGCACGCCCUGUGUACGCAUAACUCUCUUCGAAAGGUUUUGUGCGACGGAGUUGAAGUUGACAAAGGCAGCCUUUGCUCCCCAAAGUAUUUGCAUAUUAAUUUCUAUAUGGGAUUUGUAAUUCUUAUCAUGGAGAUCUAAGCCUCAAUGUGAGGGAUGCUCAGUUCUGGGAGGGGGGUUUGAAUUGACAAACACAGGAAAUUUUCUUUUGGCCCAGUUUUUUUCAUUUUAUUAUUUUUUCAUGAUCCCCCAUUAGCUCUCCCAUUACCGCAAUGAGUGAAAUUUUCACUGUCUGUCAAAAUAAGUUGAAACAUUUAGCGAAUAUUGUUCCAUAUACAAUCGGUAAUUCGCAAGCAUUAAGUCUCUGUGUAAAUGAUCCAGGCUGAUAUGUUGCAUCAUAACAACAAUUUUUGCCACUUUUUUAGUUUCCUGCUUGCCAUGUUCAACUGAGUGCUGGACCUGCAGAGUACAGUAGAACCACAGUGUGUAGUUUGCUGAAAGUUUGCUUCACCAUGCAAGACUUGCUGCAGGGUUUUGGAGUGGAAGAGCACUGGUUCAGCUUUGUUUUUUAAUAAUUUAUUACAGCUUCAAUGGUCCAAUAACAGAGACUGUUCUGAUUUGAGGUAGCAUUUUUCCAUGGUAUGAUUGUCCACCAUUUUCCAUCACAAUAGUUCAGUGCAGAAAUUAUUUUUUUAUAUUAUUGUUUUGGUUGAUCUGAACAACAAAAAAACACCAAUAUUCCACUGUAUUUCUGACUGGUGGCAUGUUUUUUUUGUGUUAAAGUUCACCCUUGGGCUGAUAAAUUCAAACCUCUCUCCCUGAAAAGGGCAUCCCUCUCUAUAGAUUUCCCUUUUCCUAAAAAUGGAAAUAUUACAAAAUGAUCCUUUCUUUGUGGGCUUAUGUCGCAACAGCACACCUGCGAACCUACAGUAUGACAACUCGUCUGAACUUUUUCGCAUUUCCACCUUUGCCAAGUUCCCAACGAGCGUGGCGGUCACCGAAAGGAGCCUUGCGCGGGCUGGUUUUUACUACACAGGGGUUGGGGACCGGGUCCAGUGCUUCCGCUGUAAUGUGACGGCCGAGAACUGGCAGUCGGGUGAGUGCCCUACCGAGCGGCACCGCCAGUUGUCCCCGUCCUGCAGCUUCAUCCAGAGCCUGCCAUCCACGGCCAGCCUCCUUUCCUCCUCCCACUCAGCUUUCUCGCCCCUCCGGAACGUUCCAGUCCUGCCGCUGUCAGCCCCUGCUGCCACCACAGCAGUUGUGGUGACUUCCGCUGCAGUACCUCCCUCAGGCCAGCAGGAAGAACAGGCGGGCUAUUUCAACAUGGGGUUCACCAGCGUGCCCCCGACCAGCCCCCUGAGCUCGCGUGGUGUUGAGGACAUGUCUCAUCAGCGCCCGCCUACAUGCCACAACCCCAGCAUGCGGCGUGAGCAGGACCGCCUGGAAAGCUUCCAGAAUUGGACACUGGCUACCAUCACCCCAGCAGAACUGGCCAAGGCAGGCUUCUACUCCCUGGGCCAGGGUGACCGUGUGGCCUGCUUCACCUGCGGGGGCCAGCUGAGUAACUGGGAGCCUGGUGACCGUGCUGUGUCCGAGCACCAGAGGCACUAUCCCAACUGCCCUUUUGUCAGGGGUGACCGCGCGGAGAACGUGUCUCUGAACCCUGGCGGGCUGGUCAACGUGUCCAACCCAGUCAUGCAGCAGUGUGACGAGAGACUGCUUACUUUUGUCAACUGGCCCUCUAGGAUACCCGUCCGGCCAGACCAGCUGGCCAAGGCUGGCUUCUACUAUGUUGGGCGCAAUGAUGAUGUGAAAUGUUUUUGCUGCGAUGGAGGACUCAGGUGCUGGGAGUCGGGGGAUGAUCCUUGGGUGGAACAUGCCAAAUGGUUUCCAAGGUGCGAGUACCUUUUACAGGAAAAGGGACAAGAGUUUGUCCACCAAAUUCAAGCCAGAUUUCCCCGUCUGUUCGAGCAGCUGCUGACAAACGGGGACAGCAAUUCACGGGAGUUUGUUGAUCCACCAGUGGUUCACCUGGGACCAGGUGAGGAGCGGUCGGAAGAUGCCGUUAUGAUGAACACGCCAGUGGUCACGUCGGCACUUGAGAUGGGCUUUGAGCGUAGCCUCGUCAAACAGACUGUGCAGAGCAAGAUCCUCACCAGUGGCGAGAACUACAAGACUGUGCAGGAGCUGGUGUCUGACCUUCUGAGUGCUGAGGAUGAGAAGCGGGAGGAGGAGAAGGAGAGAUUUGCAGAAGAAAUGGCCUCAGAUGGGUUCACGUUCCUGAAGAAGCACCACAUUGCCCUUACGCAGCGGCUGAAGAGCGUUCAGAGCCUGAUGGAUCACCUGCUGGAGCAGGCCGUGAUUCUUCAGAAAGAGUAUGACGCCAUCCACAGCUGCACUUCUGUCAAGCAGCAGACCAGCCAGCUCAUAGACCUGGUGUUGUCCAAGGGGAAUGCAGCCGCGGAGGUCUUCCGCAACUGGAUCCAAAAGAACGACGUAUACCUCUUAAGAGAACUAAUGGCCCAGUCAAAUGAAGCUGCAUCACCGAGUCAAGAUCUUUCAGAUCUGCCAAUGGAGGAGCAGCUGAGGAGACUGCAGGAGGAGAGGACGUGCAAAGUGUGCAUGGACAAGGAGGUCAAUAUCGUCUUCAUCCCUUGCGGCCACCUGGUGGUGUGCAAAGAAUGCGCCCCCUCUCUACGCAAGUGCCCCAUCUGCAGGGGCCUGGUGAAGGGGACUGUGCGCACCUUCCUCUCCUAAACCCAGUAACCCAAGGCUAUGAGACCUCCUGUCCUGGAGGUCUUUCAGUGCACCUUUUCAGUGUAUUUCAGCACUUCAAUGCUUAAUCGAAGUCACUUAUUGGUUGAAGCUGGGGUCUGCAACCAUACUCGUGGAGAACUCCAGAGUAUACGUUCUUUUUUUUCUUUUUCUUUUUUUGUCAAUCCGCAGAUCAGUGGAAACAACUUGUCUACACAGUUAACCUGACUCACCUGGUCUCUUGGGACUGAAUUGGUGGCUGAAUUAUAGUUCAAAACAAAAGAAACGGCAGGCAUUAAGGCCUACCAGGACAAGGGUUGCAGACACCUUUGCUAAAGAGUCAAAACACCAUGUCAGCAUGAUUAGCUGCUGACUGCAAGAGUGAAAAAAAAAAGAGAAAAAAAGCCUGCAGCCCUCCAGGACUGGAGUUUAACCUCUCUGGACUAACUACUUUAACUUCAGCAGCCUGAUCUUAGGCAUUAGCAUUGGGGUUCCAUGUCUUGAGGUUUACUGUCUAUGCUGUGUUUUCCCAACCAAUUAUUAGAUAUUCAUUUUCUAACUGCCUGUGUACAUUAAUGUGGUUUACUUAAGUGUCCAUACUUACUGAUCUGAAUCAAGAAAUUGGGAUACAAAGGCAAAAUAGGCAUUUCCCUCCUUUCCUUGACCACUUACUACAUUAAUAUAUUACAUUAUAUAUUACACUCUGUCUCUGUUAUACAGGGGGUCUCUCUUCUGUCAACAUUCAGGAUCCUUCAUAUCCCAAGGGUUCUCCUUACAUACUGCCCUUUUCAAUUCACAUUUACUAAAAGAUUCUGCAUGGAGGAAUGGUUCAAGAUCUUUCCAAUGUAGGAAAAUUGGUGAUGGUGUUUGCUUUGUGCUUCAUCAAGGUUGGCAAUUUUGGAAGUGAAACUGUUAAGUGUUGCAUGUUUUCAGUGCAGAUGUUGUGCACUGUGGUCCAUGCAAGAAAUAUGGGGAAAUGCUAAAGUGCUGUGAAUGCAGUGGCUGGUUACAGGCAAUAAUGGGAAUUAGUUUUUCUUUUUGCUUAGCUGUAACAGCAGAAGUUGACCAGUUGCAACUUUUGCCCCUUUUCACAUUUUUAACUGACAUCUGGUUCCUGACAACUGUGACUAUGUAUAGGGGUGUUUUGUCGUGUUGCUUACAUGCUGAAAAUGUAAACCUAAUUUCAAAUUCAAGGAAUAAGUACAAUAUUUAAGAUGACCACAGUAUCUCCUGAUUUAAUAAAACCUAUUUCAUGAGACUGCAUGGACAGAAGGAAUUUGGGAAAAGACCUUUUUGACAAGUUAUGUGAAAGUAUGAUCCUUUGGUACAUGGAUCCUUUUCUUAUGGGUGGUUGAAUACAUGUAGAACCGAAUUGAGAAGACCUUAAUGGUCUCCCCUGAGCUGUGGCUUUUGUUGCACAGUUUCCGAUAGUAUCACACAGUCUUGGAUCCUAAGGAAACUAACAAAAUAAAUCUGCAAGCAGAAAUUUAUUAACAGGAGAACAGCAGACCACUGCAUUAUUUUCUGCUCAAACAAGAAAGAUCCCAAGCUGGGCUCAAAGAACAAAGCAAACCACUGUCUGAAAAAGUAGUACUGAGGAAAAAAGUGUGAUUGUUAGUUAAGCCACCAUUUGACAAUGUCCAUGUAACGAACAUCCAUACAUUGUUGUAGUGCCUCUUAAUCUGUACUAUGUCAUGCUAAUUAAAUUAGCAUUGUCUUUGAGUGAAUAAAACUUUCCACUGGAA